ACUUUUAGCAUCCUGUCAAGUAUAUUCUAUAUACUCUUAUUUUACAAAUUUAAGAAUUUUGAUAACAACAAACAAAGGUUCAAAUACUUUCAAAAUGAUAACAUAAAUUUAUACAGAUUAAAAUAGUAAUAGAUUAUAGAAAAGAGGGCAGUGGACAAAAGCCUUCUAAAGAUUAAGAAUUGCAUUUUGUACCUUCUACUUCUUAACGACCAGAAAAGGGUUAAAUUAACUUAAACUUUAUAUCGAAGGUAAGACCUUUUGGGACUACUUAUACGAUAAGAUGCUCAUAUCAAAGAAGAACCGGCAUGCUAUAUACGAGACUUUAUUCAAAGAAGGUGUUAUGGUGGCGAAGAAAGAUUACAACGAAACAAAGCACCCAGAUCUUCAGCACAUUCCUAAUCUUCAAGUGAUUAAGACAAUGCAGAGUUUGAAAUCCAGAGACUAUGUCAAAGAACAGUUUGCCUGGAGACAUUAUUACUGGUACUUGACCAACGAAGGAAUUAGCUUUCUACGUAAUUACCUUCAUUUGCCAUCAGAAAUUAUUCCGGCUACCCUCAAACGUCCCACAAGGAGUGAAACGGCCAGGCCUAGGAUUUCCGCCAUCCGUCCUGACAUCACUCGUGUCGACGAAGACAGGUCGAUGUAUCGUCGCACUACACAAGCACCCGAUAAAAAAGCAGACGCAGGAGCUGGCUCUAGUGAUGUUGUUUUUAAAGGCUAUGGCAGAGGGAGAGGUGCUCCAUUAUAAUGUUAGAAUUUUUCCAUUGUUUAUAAUCAAUCUUAAACAAAACUUUAAACAAUUGUAUUAUGAACCUGUCAAAAUGAAAAAUUUUAAUUUAAAAUUAAACCAAUAAAAUUAUAAUGAUUUCUAAUUAUCAAAUAAAAUUUGAUUGUAAUAA